AGGACACAAACUGUCUUCGUCAUUGUCUUAAUGCCUCAGUAUUUUGUUACCCCAGAUAUCUCUCUCUCUCUCUCUCUCUCUCCCUCUAUCAAUCACCCUCUCUCUCUCUCUCUUUCACUCUCUCCCUCUCCCUCUCCGUCUCUCUUUAUCCAUCACUCUCUCCUCCUCCUCCUCUCUUUUCGUCCCUGCGUGUGCGUGUGUGCGCGCGUGCGCAGCUGAAGGGCGAGUGAAGAGAGCGGCGGCCGACACUUGUUGCUGCUGCCGUUCCAGGUAAAGCAGACAGACCCACAGUCUGGUGCGCACAUGGCACCGGCAACGCGAUCCUGCUGGACAGCCGCGCUCACCAUGGAACCGCACUUUGGAGCAGAAGACCUCAUCUGGACCUGCUGAAACCCCCACCGCCACCACCUCCACCCCGCCGUCUGCACACCCAGAUCUGUUGAAAGACUUUGGGAUAACUAUUGGUCUUUGUUUUUAGGAUUAGGAGUUGAAAUAAAUCCAGUUUGAGCCGCAGCGUAGACCCAUCCAUGUUGGCCUUACCCCGGAUUCUGAGCCUCCGGGCCGCUGCCAGGACUGAUGGCUGUAAGUCCCCCAGACUCGCGCUCUCUUCCCGGUCUUCUUCGUGCCACAGUCCGGGCACAAGCUCCAAAAUUUACUGCGCUUGUGCGCUGCUGCUGCUGCUCACACCCAGGGUGGAUUCUUCAUGGUGGUACAUUGGAGCCCUGGGAGCCCGCGUCAUCUGCGACAACAUCCCAGGUCUGGUGAACAAACAGCGUCAGCUGUGCCAGCGUCACCCCAACAUCAUGCAGGCCAUUGGUGAGGGCACCAAAGAGUGGAUCAGAGAGUGUCAGCACCAGUUCAGGCACCAUCGCUGGAACUGCAGCACGCUAGACCGAGACCACACCGUGUUUGGACGAGUCCUCUUGCGAAGCAGCCGCGAGGCAGCAUUUGUUUACGCAAUCUCCUCGGCGGGCGUGGUGUAUGCAUUGACUCGUGCGUGCAGCCAGGGGGUGCUAAGGACGUGCCACUGUGACCCGCAUAAGCGUGGACAGACCAGCGACGACAGCGGAGAGUUUAGCUGGGGUGGCUGCAGUGAGGAUGUCAACUACGGCAUCAAGUUCGCCAAAUCCUUCAUCGACGCUAAGGAGAGGACGGAGCGAGACGCACGGGCCCUCAUGAACCUGCACAACAACCGCUGCGGGCGAACUGCGGUGAAGCGUUUCCUGAAGCUGAAGUGUAAAUGUCACGGCGUCAGCGGCUCCUGCACACUACGAACGUGUUGGAUGGCCAUGUCUGACUUCAGGAAGACGGGCGACUACCUGAAAAAGAAAUACAAUGGCGCUGUGGAAGUGACAAUGAAUCAGAAUGGUACAGGCUUCACUGUGGCCAACAAGGCCUUCAGGAAGGUGACCAAAAAUGACCUGGUCUACUUUGAGAACUCUCCAGAUUACUGCAUUCAAGACAAAGCAGCAGGUACCCUGGGAACUGCGGGGCGAGUCUGCAACAGGACUUCCCGCGGAACAGACGGCUGUGAGGUCAUGUGCUGUGGGCGGGGCUACGACACCACCUUAGUCAAGCAGAUCACCAAGUGCGAGUGCAAGUUCAAGUGGUGCUGCUCAGUGGAGUGUAAAGACUGCGAGGAAGCCGUGGACAUUCACACAUGUAAGGCCCCUAAACGGGCUGGACUGUUGGACCAGACAUGAAGACACAUUCCCCAUAUACCACCCCCUAUAAUGCAACCUCACCCCUUUAUCCCCCUACUGGAAGAACAUCCUCCGGAGCCUGGAAUUCUGGGAUGUUGUCUGAAAAAGUGGUCCCUUCAUCCCCACCUCCAUUCAUCAUUGCAUGGCUUUUCUACUUGUCUCUGUGAAAAAAAAAGCACUAGAAUCCAGUACCCAAUAAUAUGAAUUUAUACCCAUAAUCCCUGUGUGUGAACGGCCCGAUUCUGAACCACUGGGAUCCAACGAUGGACAGUUGAACCUGUGACCGGUGACUGGGCGUUUGUCGUCAAUUUCUUGUGUAUUUUCCUGAGUUUGCUGCUUUCAUUACACAUUUUACACGAACUGAGCCUUAAGCAUAUCCAGUAUUAUCACACCAGUACCAUUUACUCACACCCUUUUUACUCUGCGGGGAAAUACACUAUAAUUUCCACCUAAAACUGAACUGGGUUCAAAUUGUGAAAGAAGCUUUCGACAAGUGCACUUUGAGAAGCAGAUGUUUGGACAUGGUUUGUUCAAACGGGAGUCUAGAUGAAGAAACUACCAGAGAACAUGAAGAUGGAUGGGUGGGAGACAAAUUUGACAGAUGGUUUGUGGAACUCUAAACAUCAAGAAUGAAAAAAAAGGCUGUUUUAAAAGUGAUUUAUUUAAUUGUAACGUGUUUAUUUUCUCAUCAGCGAAUGAGGCUGCACUACGGUGACUGACACGAGGAGAGAGAAGAACUGUUAUCACUCAUAUCACCAUUAUCACCAUUAUCACUAUUAUCACCUAUAGCAGUGUUACAGACCCGGAUUUUCUGUGAUGAAUCGGGAAAGUAAGAACAGAGCGCAGAUACAGAGCGAGUCCACGUGAAGACUGGUAUUUGUUUAGGUCUUCAGGUUUUACUUACUUUCCAGUACUCUUAUUUAACCAUAACUGUAAAGACUUGUUGUGGCAGCAGGAGCCAAUCAAAACACAGCCAGCUUUGUGGGCAGCCUGAGGAACCACCAUUUCAGCAUUAAGUGCUUGGAACUGUUUAGUACAAUUGAAGUAAAUGUUUCCUGAUCAAAAGGUUCCAUUGUUCCACGUACAAGCCAAGGUCUUGUAAUUUCAUAUUUGUAUUUCAAAUAAAAUGCAGCCAGCUAUCACACAAUCACAGAGCGGUGAGUCACUCGUACGACUUUUUCAUGUCCAAUACCGAGAUCGCAACUUGGAGUAUCUACCUAUACCGAUAUCCGAUACCUUUUUUCCUCUUCGAGUGUCACGCAAAGAUAAAUUGAGAUCUUGGGCUUGGGUAUCGGAUCGGAUGGGCUGUAGUGUUAUUUCUUCGAUUUUCAAUCCUGAAAUCUUCAUCAAUAUCGGGCUAAUACCGAUCCUUGGUAUUGGAUCGAGUCAUCCCUUGUGAGAAGGCUUGUUGAUGAUCCUUGGAGCACGGAAAUAGAGUACUUUGA